AUGCCAAAGCUAGGAGAACCAGGCAGGAAAGGUCUUAGCGGUGCUAUGACCAAAUGGUACCUGAGAGGAAUAAAAUCGGGGAAAACACCCGAAGAAGCAAGGAGAUUGGCCGACGAAAGGAAGGCUAAAAUCCAAAAAGAGAAACUAGAGGUACAAUCAUCCAGCAAGAGGGCAAGAGAGCAAUCUCUUACCCCCAAGGAACUAAGAAAAGACAAGAAAGCAAAGCCAUCCCAGGCGCAGUUUAGAGCCAGGGAGGCUGCUCCAAGCGUAAGCUACGCCGGAGCAGCAAAGAUCAUAAGAGUGGCUUUGCUACCGGAGGAAUACCCUCUGGUAACCCUAAGAACAGAAGAGCUGACCCAUCUGGAGGAAACCCUCAUUGAAGAAAUCUUAAAAGGAUGGGAAGCCAAAAUACAGUUUGAAGGCAUACACUUCAGGCCGGGUAUGAUGAUCAUAGACUGUAUUCAAGAUGGCAAAACUGUACAAUGGCUGCAGGAAAUAGCCCCUAAACUGGUGCUAAGUGAACAAAAGAAACUGACAGUGAGGGUAGGGGAGGAUGUUACCAAACCUCACUCGAUAGUGGUGUUCCUCCCUAGGACAAAAAAAACAGGAGAAGAACAAAGAACCCUAGCACUGGUCAAAGCGCAGAACGAUGGGAUCUGCGCUGAGGAGUGGAAAGUUCACUCAAUGAAAGUGGAGGGGCCUGGGAUUGUCAUGAUCCUGGGCAUCAGCGAUAUCUCGGCAGAAACGAUAAUUUCAAGAGGACAUACCCUCAAUUUUUGUUUUGGGAGGAUCCCUGUGAGGGGCCUGAAAAAUGGAGGGGGAGGAGGCUACAAAAUGAGAGAAAUCUCACAUCUCCACCCCAAUCACCCCCCAUCCAUUAAAACGGAGCAGGCCCCUACAGCGACGCCUCCACCCACGGAGAUUACCUCCGAAAAUACUGCUGAGAUGGAGGUUGACCAGGUCAUCCUGGAGACCCAGACCCCUCCUCCUCUACAGAUGGAGCCAAGAGUGCUCACUGAGGAGGAGCUAUUGGGAGAGGAGACACCUCCUCCUCCCCCAAAAGAAUAA